AUGAGUGUGCGUUGGCGAGUCCCCGACCUGAUGGAACUUGAACUGCACACCAGCACCGGAAGCAGACCGGAAAAACACAAGCCAAUUAUUAGGGAGCGAGGAGAUGCAACUGAUUUGUCAUCGGAUUCGUUUGCCGAGACCGAUCUGGAACGGGAAAGCAGUGAAGGUGAUGAAAGUUGGGAUGAAAGCGCCUUUGAAGGUGAAAGAGAGAGUGGACCUAGUAGGUGUACUACUAAUGGCAACACGAAGUCGAUAGGGACACAAACAGAAUGGAGUUGGAUGACUGAUAUUGUUGCCUAUGCGCAUGUCAGAGGAAUUAAUAUCAAAGAGCUAGAGCAGCUGCCUCAUUCAGAACCAGUUAGGGAUGUGGAAGUUAGAGACUCUGGUAAAGCAACCUCUCUCAGUGUCGACCAGAACGAGCAAUGCGAUAUACAGGAAAACGUUAUACAGGACCAGAUGGAUGACUAUGCUAGUCUUCGAUUGCCUGAAAUUGUUCCGACCGAGGAGGCUAAUAGUCGAGAAUUGAUUCAGCAGGUAGGAGUUUAUAAGUCGGAUAUUGAAGCGGGCACUCCAACGAUAUUAAAAUAUGUGAGGGAAUCAGAGCUGCCUCCCAGACCAAACACGGUGCCUUGCGAUAAACAGCUAGGCUACAACAAUAGUCUGUGUAGAGUCUGUAAUGGCACGAUCCCACUGAACAAGUCUAAAGAUUUACCUUCACUGUAUUGUACUAAUUGUUCGGAACUGAUCCGGUCACACAGAUUGAUGAAACGCGAUUUGCAUCGUGAAAUUACUAUGAUAGAUAUCCGACUUCGUAAGCCAGCUGCUGACAAAGAGACACGAGAGGAGGAGGAAGAACUACUGAGUCAGAGAGUAAAUACAAAGGUUAAGCGACGUCUGGGCCGUGAGAAAGCCAUGGCUAGGAUGAAAGAGCAAGAAAUAUUACAGAAAUUACACGAGCAAGACUUAGCAAGACAGCGAGUGAGCGGAAUCAAUCAGAUGGCUAUAGAUGACGACUACGGCAUGUAUGACAAAAAUAUGAAAACUAUUUCGUAUUCGUUGUCAUCACAGAAGUGUAUGGAUAAAGGAUGGACACUACAACCGAAGCCAACGCCUAUUAGACACCCUGACUAUGACGACAUGGGAGUAGAAAUGAGAGUCGACCAUUUCACGAUGACUCACGAGUCGGUCAUGAAGAAGGAAUACCAAGAUGGAAAACCAUUCCUUCUCUUUAUGCCUGAUGGGACCGGACAGUGUUAUUAUCCGUCUGGCAUACAAGCAGUCUGCGUGAGUGCCGUUCAGUAUCGUCAGUUUACGUACGUGAUUCAAAGUGAUCUGAUGCAUUAUAAAAUAGACGAAACUGUAGAAGUCGUCGAACCUCAGAUCUUGGCCUCGUUUACGCCAUCAGGUUAUGCUUGUUGUUUCCAUAGCAAUGGAAUCCCUUAUCUGAUUAUGACUCCUACCGGUGGAGCCGUAUAUGCGACCGAUGGAUCACAGAAGAAAAAAUGGUUGUGGAAUAGUCGUGGUCAUUGUCAUUCACCUCCAUUACAGCCGCUCUGUUUGUCACUAUCAAAAUACUUGACCGUGCGGAUCUUGAGUCAGGAGAAUAUCGUAUUGACGUUCAGUUGUCACCAACGAACCGCAAGGUUUGUUGUUGGCUGGAAGGGUCCACUCAGACAGGACAGCAGUUUGUCAUCUCGUAAUGUAGACAGCCAAGCCAGCUACCUCAAAUCAGCACAUAAACACAUCACCGGUCUUUUGAUUGCAAUCCAAGAAACAGAAAAACAUCCAAAGACAUUCUCUCGUAGAGUAUCGCCAAAUGUGAUGCGUUUGAGGACAUCGUCUGCUCCAGGGAAACUUCGUCUUACAAAGUCGUCACCAACCGUUUAAUUAGUGGAGAACUUGUAUCAGAGUUAUACAAUCAAUUAUAGGUUGGAGCUUGUGGCCUAUUCUUGUGUUACUUUUAGAGUAUGAAAUUGCACUAAAACCGAAUUAUUGGACAAACCAGGUCAUAUUUCUUAAUAAUUUUGUACCAAAAUUGUGUAUUUGAAAUUCAGAUAUGUUGUGAUCAGAAUGUUAAUUAAUUAAGUUAAUGACCAUGUUGACCUGUUUAUAUGCGUACAUAAAUGACAAG